GCAGGGUGCUGUGGCAUUUGUGCACGGUCACACGCACAUACCUACUUGCACACACCUCAGUCCCAAGCUAGUCUCCUUCCACUGACUGGCCGAGGUCCCAGACUUCUGGACGGGAGCAACGUUUGAGGCGUUACUGCAAACUUAGUGAGUAGUGCGUAGUUGUAGAAGGUAGUGCAGGUGUACGGAGACAUAGAAGUUUGGAAGUUGGAGUUGUUCAACUUUGAUCGUUGGGUGUCUGCUGUCAUCCAGUUCUUUUUUUAGUGCUUUAUUUUUACCCUGGGCCUGCGUUCUUGCACACCGGACCACGUUUGUGCGCACUUCAAAUCUCUGCCUGCAAGUAAGCGUGUGUGUGUGUAUUCAUCGUUGUGUACUUGAAACCUGACCAUGGCCGACACUGACUUCAAACUGGAGCGCGCUAUCUACGCCGAAGUCUCCGAUGAUGACGAGGAGGUUGCAUUGGUUACGCCUGCGUCCAAACCUGCCAAAUCCACCAAGGUGUCAACCUCAAAACGUGGGGACGAUGUUGAUGACAGUGACUCUGAGGUGGACCUGAUGCUGGGACCCGGUCUCGAUGGAGGCGGAAGUGGAGGAGUUGAGAUGUCAGAGGCCCAGGCUACAGGUAUGAUGGUUCUGGCACUCCUAGAUAAAAUCAUAGGUGUGGUUGACCAGAUCCAGGAGACUCAGACUGGUUUAGAGGCCAAGCAGGAGACCAUGGAGAAGAACAUGACCGGCAUCCAGACCGACCUGGCUAAGCUGGCAAAGAGUCACGUGGGAACUGCUGGGACGGUCAACAAGCUGCUGGACAAGGUGCGGAAAGUGAACGUCAACGUGAAAAGCGUGCGCACGGAACUGGACAAGCAGGCGGGACAAAUCAAAAAGCUGGAGAACAAUGAACAUGAGCUCCUGAAGAGGAAGAACUUUAAAGUCCUCAUCUUUCAGGACAAGGAAAAACCUGUUAAAGGCCCUAAGACGCCAGUGGCUGUUGGAGAAGAAGGAGAGCAGGUGCUGAGUGAAGGUGGAGAGGAAGUUGAAGAAGAGGUGGAGAUUGAAGAGAUCAUUGAAGAAUCUCGUUCUGAUCGCAUUAAACGCAGCGGCCUCCAGAAGGUUGACAAUCUGAAGAAAGCCUUCAGCAAGGAGCAGAUGGAAAAGACCAGACAGAGAACCAAGGACAACCUUGAGAAAACCAGACAGAGAACUAAAGCGAACCUGGAGAAAACACGUCAAAGAACCCGUGAGAACCUGGAGAAGACCAAGAAGAGUUUUGGGAAGAAGAUGGGGAAGCUGGGAACAAAGAUGACGCCCAACACAGAGCGCCGCGAGAAGAUCCGCAGCUCUAGGGAGAAGAUGACUAAGUCGUUGACGCCCGCUCACAAGUACUACGGCCGCUCCAAAUUGACCACCUAUCGUGUACCGCCAUUUACCUUCCACGUGAAAAAGAUCCGCGAGGGUGAGAUGGAGCCCACAUCGGAGCCUGAGGAGCAGGUGGAGGAGAAUGAGGAGGUCCAGGAGAUUCUUGAGGAGGAGGAAGGAGUUGGCCUCGUGUCAAAGGUGGAGGAAGGUGAACUGGUGAAUCUGGACAGCCCGGAAACGGAUGCUUUGCUUGAGGCAGCUGAUCACGCCCGGCUGGUGUUACAGGAUACGGUGAGGCCCAGAGAAAAAGCCAGCCAGUAAGACGAGCCGGAGGAAAAGCUCAAGAUGCGGGGGUCUAGAGAUAAAUGAGGAUAAAUGGAUGUAGGGAACUGGGAUAUGAUUGAGGGCGGAAUAAGAAAGCAAGGAAAUGUGGAAUAGACUGGACCUUUGGCUGAACAUUUUGUUUGUUUGUUGUUUGUUAUUAUAUAUUAGGCUAAACCCCAAGAUUGUGAUUUGUUUUCAACAAUCAGUUUCUAAAACUGACUAAAGAUCACUUUUUAUUGUGUUAAUUUGUCUCUGAAAGGAUUAAGGAAAUUGUUUGGUGUGAUUUUGAAGUUUUCAUAAUCUUGACAUGAUCUUAAUGAACAUAAAAUGUUAUAUAAUAACACAAAGCUGAAUGUGUGUGUGUGAGGGGGUGCAGUCAUAAAAAAGAUUCAUAAAUUCUCUCUUUAAUGUCCUAUUACAUGGGGUAUAAUGUUAACCUAAUUGUGAAUUUGAACACUACCAAGGUGAAGCUAGAUAGUAUUUAUAAAUUUAUAUUAAUGUGUCUACAUUUGAACACGCUGUAUUCUAUGUAAUAUCUUCUGAUACGCAUGACCUCUGAUUUCAAGAGUAUGAAAUAACAGCAGGCCUUGUGCAUCUAUCUGAACAUUUUUAUCAAAGAAUGAAAUGUUGGAAUGAUUUGAAAGUGAAACAGUGCUACGAAUUCAAUUACAAGAAAGGAAGUAAAGAUUAAUGAAUUAACUGUUGACUAACUGACAUUUUCUCUGUUGAUACUGAAGGUUUCACAAUCAUGAAAAGGUGUUUUCUGUUUAGUCACGAAUGUGAUCAUGAUGCGUUAAAUCCUUUAUUCUCUGACUCAGACUUUGUCUAAAUGUUAUUUGAUGUUAUAAUUAUUGAAAUUCCCAUAUGGUGAACAUGUUUAAUCUUAGAUCAAACAGAAUAUCAAUGUGAUUUGAAAAGGUUGUUUUUGGUUACAUUCAUCCUGAGGUAUAUUCAGUAUUUGGAUGAUUCUCGUAUUUGUACAUAUACAGUUUUACAUGCUCGCACCAAGUCUGUUUAUUUUCUUUUUCAUACACAUACAGUACACAAAUGCAGUAUUAGAUAAACAGGGACCUAUAUGGAAAAGUAUUGCUCAUAUUUGUAGUGAUCUACACAGCUGUGUAGUCAGGCUCAUCAUUGACUUUCUGUAUUUGAAUAUUAAACCCAAAUACUAAAUGUCAAAAGAGCCAUAUAUAUGUCAUUUCAUUUAUACAAACAAUACACUGAAAGUACAUUGUUUUUGUAUCAUGUUGAUGAUAUGAUGUAAUAAAAAUAUGAAGUUAAUGUAGCAUGGUCACAGCGAUAGUUUUCUGGAUGUAAUGUUCAAUGAAUGAAGAUAAAUGAAGCUCUACGUAGUUCUUUGUUGCCCUGUGAGGUUUGUUGCUGUAUAAAAUGAUUAGGGGAACAUUGCUUUUAUUAAACAAAUAAAGCUGC